GUUUCUGGUUAGCCUAAUCGCAUUUGAUAAAGUUUGUAUUAAUGCGCAUUUCAAUAAACAACAAUCAAAAUGAAAUAGAAUCUCUUUAAAUAUUUUUGAAUUAUUUUAUGAUGAUCAAAAGUCAAUUUUAUUUCUAAAAAAAUACUAAAUAUGAUCACAUUUUCUCUUUUUUUCAAGGUCAAGAACUAUUUGGUUAGGCGUAUAGAUCCUUACUCCGGUGGUGAAAAAACUAACAUCAACAAGAUGGGCGAAACUCACGAAGAGGGGAAAUCCGAAGUCAAUUUCCAUCGCUAAAUGUCGUGUGUAUAUCUGUCAACAUGGGUUGCUGUAAAGGGAAAUGUAAACUUUCAACAAGAUAUAUUCCUGUGACGAUUGCCUAUAUCCUUGUGAUUGGUACAUCUGGCUUAUUUUUCGCGUUUCCAUUAAGAGGUCUGAUCAUAACGUGUGAAUACCACCCUGCUAUAGCUGCCUUUGACGUUCUCCUGUUCCUGGUCGCCCUUAUCAACUUCCUACUAGCAACGUUUGUUGACCCUGGAGUAUUCCCAAGAACUGCAGUUGGAGACGAAGACAGAGACGAUGACUUGAGGGCACCCUUGUAUAAAACUGUCCAAAUCAGAGGUAUCCAAGUCCGUAUGAAAUGGUGUUCAACCUGUCGCUUUUAUAGACCACCAAGAUGUUCACAUUGUAGCGUCUGCAACAACUGUAUCGAGAGGUUUGAUCAUCACUGUCCAUGGGUGAAUAAUUGUGUCGGGAGGAGAAACUACCGCUACUUCUUUCUUUUUCUUCUCUCAUUAACGAUGCACAUGGUGUCCGUCUUCGUCCUCAGUCUAAUCUACGUGCUGGAGACCAAAUCCCCCAUCUCAGACUACCAAACAAUUAUUUCUAUUGUUGUGAUGAGUAUAGAUACCCUAUGCUUCAUACCAGUGAUAGUGCUUACUGUAUUCCAUAUAUCUCUCGUCUGUAAGGGACGCACCACCAACGAGCAGGUAACCGGUAAAUUCCAGAGUGGUCACAAUCCGUUUGAUAAAGGAUGUUUUAAAAAUUGUAUGGAGGUCUUCUGUGGUCCACAGCCAUCAAGGUAUGUUGGUUUCAAGAGUAAACCGGUGUCGCUUGCCGCCAUGUACAUGCCGGUGCACACCACCACUGCAACGGGUAAUGGUGUCACCGACAGCCAGGUCCAUGUGAGGGUGGAGAGCGGGAGAACGACGGUCACACCUCAACGCACGAUGGCGCCAUACGUCAAUAACAAACAACAUCAGGUACACUCUACUGUAGGUAACAACCACACAGCACCUUAUUUCUCAGACAUCAGGAGAGAAGGUCUAGGAGAUGAAAGCCAGGGAGACGACUGCGAAGCCGAACCACCUCCACCACCAUCAUCCGUCAACCCAUACAACCAGGUCCACUUAUAUCAACAUCACGAUGUUAACAGCUCAUCCCCACAGACGGACAACAGGAUACGCUACUCAAGAAGGGACCCUAGCUUCAGCAACGAGAGCAAGUCCAACACACCCGUUCACGGGAGCAGCGAACUGAUAAACAGUCCUGCGUCGCGCCGAAACAACCUCCGUGAUUGGGAGAUGAGCAGCACGCCCUCGAUGGGCAGCGUGCACAGUCCGCACAGGCACAGCCCUCACGGCUCCAAGGGGAACAAUGUACAUGCCAUGAAAACAAAUAACGUGAACCACCACGAGAACAACAUCCACGCGCAGCACAACAAUCAUAAAGCGAACAGUGCCCCCAACCACGUCGAACCUCAAAUGCCGCAUGUAGCCAUGAGAAAUCGGGAGGGGUCGCGGCUCCGGCGACCCAUUUCCUUCGUCACGGCGCUUAAGAUGAACGAGGAGGCGGAGACCAUGAUGCAAGGGCAGGGGAAGCCAGCUAACAGCGCUCCUGCUAGAAGUAAAUCGACCAAGGCGGACGUUGGACGCAACAAUCACACGGUGCCCACCGUCAAACGCUCCAAUACAAGUUACAACUCUAGUCAUAAUGCGAGCCACAUAGUGCAAGCGAACGGAGAAGAUAGGACUCAAAUGAUGACGUACGAAGUGUCCGUUUGAGACACACCAUGUAUUGCUGAAAUCUUCUCCCAUUUUGUCUCUGUGUUGUAGAUAAACGUUCUACCACUAACAAUCAACUUCUUUCACUUACUGGGAUGCACGUCACUUGCAGGGAUCUGUGCCACCAUGCUACAUUUGCCUGAUAUAGCAGUGGACACAAUACUUAUUCCUUCAUCGCUGUCACUGUCGGUCAUGCAACCACCAUCAUCGUCAACUCUUAUUUUUAUAACAAAGAUAUGAGACAAAAAAAAAAUGUUCGGAAAUAUACAUGUAUUUAACAUAGAGAAAUUCAUGAAGCUAACAGAUUUAUUAGAAGAAUAUUGUACAUAUUAUCAGGAGCUAUUUUAUUUUCUAGUGGAGUUGUUCAUUGUCGCUAACCUACCUGCUGAAAAUCACCACACCCCUGUAUUUGCUGUAUAUUGAAAUGUCAUGAUAGUAAAAGCCAUUUACACAUGUACAAGAACAUGGGAGGGAGAGGGAGAUUGCAAGACAUUACAGUGUGAAUGGACUUCAAUUUUUCAAUUCAUGCAUGAGUUAGGUUUUCAAAGCAUUCAGUAUCAUGUUUGCCCUGGCGUUUCAGCAUGGUUCUAGAUCACACUUAAACUCUUUGUGAAACACCUCUAGGGUGCUUUAGGGGUGCAAAUUGUCCUCCUGAGUGUGUUUCACAAAGAUUUAAGUAUGACUUCGAGUCGCAUUUAAAUGUCUAGCUGCGUGCGGUAUAAAAGGCAUGACCGCAUUGGUCAGAUCAUGCCAAGAGGACGCGCACUACAGCGUACUGAUCAAUAAGAUCGCGCGUUGCAUAUCAUGUACACGCCAGCAUUUAAGUGCGACUCAAUCUUUGUGAAACACCCCCCUUGCAUAGGGAGGUAUUUCACAAGCUUUAGGACCAUUCAAGUUGUAAUUGUAACAAUGGAUAUUGUAUCGAUGUGGUCAAUAUAAUUACACUUGUGUGCAUCAUACAAACUGCAAGUAAAAUCUGCC